GUCGCGGUGAUUAGGUGAGCGGAGUGGGCGUGCGUCUGGAGAGGAUCGGAGUGGGAGAAGGCGAGAGGACGCAGCGGAGGAACUGACGGAGCACUAAUGAGAUCCUGCCCAGCCAGAGUCACAGGGAUGCAAUUUUAACUUACAGUGGUUGAGCAUUCAUAUUCGGCUUAGUUAUCGAAAUCCUGGACUGCGCUUCAACCAGACUUUAGUGGAUUAUUGCUCUUGUAACGAUGGGCUUGAAGCGACUACGCGUAAAGACGCCGGGGACAGCAGCCUUUCUCGUCCGCUCGUCUGUCUGUAUCCUCGGGCUUUUGGCCACUUUCUCCCGGCCUGUGUGCGAGGCGUUCAACCUGGACGUGGAGAACCCAGCUGUUUACAGCGGACCCGAGGGGAGCAACUUCGGAUAUGCCGUUGACUUUUAUUUGUCUAAAUCUGCCAGCGCAAGUGUGGUUAUCGGAGCCCCCAAGGCAAACACGAGCCAGAGCAACGUCAUAGAGGGAGGGUCGGUGUUCUACUGUCCGUGGAGCGUUAGCCGGUCGGACUGUCACACUAUUGAAUUUGAUCCAGAAGGAGACCGCACUACCCUGCUUAAUAACACACAACACCAGGUUGAUUUCAAGUCCCACCAGUGGUUUGGCGCCACAGUGCGAUCUCACGGUGACACAAUUCUGGCUUGCGCCCCUCUUUACUACUGGCGGACUGAAAAGGACGUGCCCCAUUCUGAUGCUACGGGAACCUGCUACCUCUCAGUCCAGAACUUCACCAAAUUUGUGGAGUAUGCUCCCUGUCGGACAGAACUCAGUGGUCCGGAGGGACAGGGUUACUGUCAGGGAGGAUUCAGCGCUGACUUUACAACGGAUGGCAGAGUGGUUCUGGGUGGACCUGGCAGCUACUUCUGGCAGGGUCAGGUGAUCUCUGCAGCUAAGGAAGACAUUAUCAGCGCCUACUAUCCAGGCUAUUUUAUGCAGGCAGUGGAGCGUCAAGUUCAGACCAAACAGGUCCAGGCUGCACAAGAUGACAGCUACCAAGGCUACUCUGUUGCUGUUGGGGAGUUCAGUGGUGAUCAGACUGAAGAUUUUGUUGCUGGUGUUCCAAAGGGACUCCUGCUUUAUGGCUUGGUGACCAUUUUGAACGGUUCAGAUCUGACCACCAUGAUGAAUUUCACUGGUGAGCAGAUGGGGUCGUAUUUUGGCUAUGCACUGGCAACGACUGACAUCAACAGUGAUGGGAUGAUCGAUCUGUUGGUGGGAGCUCCCAUGUUCAUGGUCCGAGGCUCUGAUGGUCGUCUGGAAGAGAUGGGACGGGUCUAUGUCUACCUACAGCGCAGCCCCUUAAACCUGGAGAUCCAAAAACCUAACCUGACAGGCACCGAGGUGUUUGGGAGAUUUGGCAGCACCAUCGCGCCCCUGGGAGACUUGGACCAGGAUGGUUUCAAUGAUGUUGCUAUAAGCUGUCCAUUUGGAGGUGAUGAUAAGCAGGGUCUGGUCUACAUCUACAAUGGACACUCAGAAGGCCUCAGGGAAAAGCCAUCUCAGGUCAUCGUAGGCCAGUGGGCUGCUGUUGCUUUUCCUGCCAGCUUUGGGUUUGCCCUCAGAGGAGCUCAAGACCUGGACAUGAAUGGAUACCCUGAUCUCAUUGUCGGAGCCUUUGGUGUUAACAAGGCAGUUCUCUAUAGAUCCCGGCCAAUUGUCAGCACCAGCGUCUCCCUCACAGUUUCGCCCUCAAUGAUCAACCCAGAAGAGAAGGCCUGCGUGAUAACCAACGGAAACUCCAGCAUUCAUGUUUCCUGCGUCAAUCUAAGUUACUGCAUAUUGGCUGACGGGAAACACCUACCGGCCGAUCUAGACUUUCAGGUGGAGGUGAAGCUCGACAGCCACAAGCACAAGCAGAAAGGUGCCGUGAAGAGGGCUCUGUUCUUGGAUUCCCAGCAGCCUUUGCUCCAAAAACGUAUGAGGGUUCGCCACGGGGCGCGUCUGUGCGACCACACAAAGAUUUAUCUAAGAGAUGAGAAAGAAUUCAGGGAUAAACUCUCCUCCAUUUUUGUGGCCUUGAACUUCAGCUUGGACCCAGAAGCUGCCGCCGACUCCCACGGCCUGCGGCCCAUCCUCAACUACAAGACCACCAGCGUUAUCGAGCAGAAGGCUCAGAUUCUGCUGGACUGCGGCGAGGACAACAUCUGUGUUCCUGACUUGAAGCUGACCGUCCACAGUGACAGGAAGGAAGUCUACCUCGGCGAUGACAACUCGCUGACCUUAACUUUCAACGCUAGGAAUGAGGGGGAGGGAGGAGCGUACGAGGCAGAGCUGUAUGUGGCUUUGCCCCCUGAGGCAGAUUACAGCGGUAUUGCUCGUAACAACGAGAGCCUCACUCAGCUCACCUGCAGCUACGAGACUGAGAACCAGACCCGGUAUCUCAGCUGUGAUCUGGGCAACCCUAUGAAGGCCGGCACCAACCUCUGGGCGGGUCUCCGUUUCACGGUGCCUCGUCUAAAGGACACACACAAAACCGUCCAGUUUUACCUCCAGAUACGCAGUAAAAAUGAGAAUAACUCCCAAAGUGAAGUUGUCUACUACAACCCAGAGGUGGUGGUCCAGGCUGAUGUCAUUCUUCAGGGUGUGUCUCGACCAGAUAAGGUCUUCUUUCCACCGGCCAACUGGAAAGUGCCCAAAACCGACGGGGCGGAGCAGGAUGUAGGGCCUGCCGUGGAACACAUUUAUGAGCUUGUCAACAACGGCCCCAGCCGGAUCAGCGGCACCUCGCUGGAGCUGCGCUGCCCGCUCGUCAUCCAGGGUCACCCCCUCCUCUACCCUCUCGAGUUCUCCACCGAAGGUCCCGUCAACUGCACCGCGGACAAAAGCCUGAACCACCUUAAACUCAGACUGCAGAGCACAUCCACAGAGUCCCCCGUUCUGGCACUGAGGGCCGAUGAGCAUCAUGUUGAGAAGAGGAAUGUCCAGAAGAACCAGCUCGCUGAUUUGACUAACCUGUCUUGCUCCAACGCGGAGUGCUGGAAGCUGCAGUGCAACGUGGGUCUCCUGGAGAAGGGAACCACCGCAAUCCUGAAAAUGCGCUCCCGCGUCUGGGCCAAGACCUUCACUGAGAGAGCUUACAAGCAAUAUGUGUUGGAGUGCCUGGCUGAAUUCAAAGUAAUGAAGAUGCCAUAUGCAAUUCUUCCCAAACACUAUCCAAGCGGUCAGAAAAAGGUGGUGACCCCAGUGGUUUGGAACAAGCCGGACAUUGAGAACUCGGUCCCUCUGUGGAUCAUUGUCCUGGCCAUCCUCGCCGGUUUACUUCUCCUGGCUCUCCUUAUCUACGUCCUUUACAGGUUUGGCUUCUUCAAGCGAUCUCUACCUUACGGCACUGCCAUGGAGAAAGCGCAACUCAAACCACAGGCUGCCUCCGAGGCCUAACUGGCCGAGCGAACUACCAGAACCAAAAUAUUUGGCCAAACGAUUGCAAUGGAGAAACACAACGGAACAUGUGGCGUGGAUCAGAGUUGCGUGAACGAGAGACUACUGGAACUCCGCUGUGCUGCACUAGAGGAAGACAAAAACCCAAGGAUCUACAAGCCAAAUGAAUGUUUUCUUAAUUUAUGUCUUUGUUUUUUUUAUUCACUUUUGGGAUUGUGGUCAAAUAGAACUUAUCUCUGUGCCUAAAAACAAACCUUAGACUAUAGCAAAAAAAAAACAAAAAAAAAAACAAGCACACAGGCCGCCGUCGUCCUGUGCAUGCGGGAAUAUUUUGGGUUUACUUUUACAGAAAGCUUGUGAUGAAGACCUUUGGUAGUACCUGUUUUAUCUGCUUCAUAUUGGUGCUAAUGAUUGGAUAUGUUUGCUGCCUUCAACAAGAAACAACAGAAGAUUGUUUUUCGGCUUUCAGGUUUUAAGACCGAAUAGCAGGCUACAGGAAGCGCUGACGUUUAAAGACAUAGGUUAACCUGUUAAAAGGAAUUCUUUGGCCCUGCUACGUACACCGUAAACUGUGUGAGCUGUUGCUCUCCACACCCCGCCACUAUGCAACCCCUGAACAGGAA